UGUGUGUGUGUGUGUGUGAUGGCUCUCAAUAUACCAGGGAUGAUAAUGAUGGUAGCUUUCUAUGUGCUGGUGUUGGGAACCGGCAUCUGGGCAUCCAUGAAAUCUAAAAUGAUGGAGAAAAGCACACUCAGUAGUCGUGUAGAAGUUUCCUUUUUGGCUAACCGCAGGGUCAGCUUGCUACUGGGAGUAUUUACAAUGACAGCUACUUGGGUUGGAGGUGCCUUUAUCAUCGGUGUUGCAGAGUCUGUGUAUGAUCCUACCAAAGGUCUAAUCUGGGCUCUUGUUCCUCUGCAGGUCUCUCUUUCCUUUAUUAUUGGUGGAUUGUUCUUUGCAAAGCCAAUGAGGGAGAACAAUUACAUAAGUAUGAUGGAUCCCUUUCAGAGGAAGUAUGGAAAACCACUGACUGCGGUUCUCGCCGUUGUUCCAGUCAUAGCUGAAAUCAUCUGGGUUCCUGGAUUACUGAUUUCUUUGGCGGCGACCAUGACUGUCAUCUUGGAUCUGCCCUUUAGUGUUUGCGUCUGGAUCUCUGCUGCAGUGGCGAUCAUCUACACCGUUCUUGGAGGUCUCUACUCAGUUGCAUACACUGAUGCCAUCCAGCUGUUACUUGUGCUUUUUAGCUUGUGGCUGUGUGUCCCCUUCGCAAUGACAAGUGACGUUUAUAGUGACAUCACUAAAACAGCGUUGAACCACACAUAUCAGGCCGCCUGGCUUGGCCACCUUGAGUCUCAUGACGUCGGAAGAUGGAUUGAUGAUUUCCUAAUUAUGACUGUGGGCAAUAUGGCUGUUCAGGAUUUCCAUCAAAGGAUUCUCUCCUCCAGCUCCACGUCCACAGCCAGAAUCAUCUGUUUCAUAGCAGCAGGUGGAGUCAUCAUUGCAGGACUUCCAUCAGUGUUGAUCGCUGCUGUCGCAGCUUCAACUGACUGGAACUCCACUUCAUAUGGUUCUCCCUCUCCAUAUGAGCGAGGGGAGGCAGCCAUGGUGUUGCCCAUCAUUCUUCAGCAUUUAACCCCAAGCUACAUUUCUGCUUUUGGCGUUGGAGCUGUUGCGGCUGCAGUGAUGUCAUCCGCUGACUCUUUUCUCUUAUCUGCAACCACCAUCUUCACCACCAGCAUCUACCAGACCAUCAGGAGUCAGGCAUCAGAUAAAGAGCUGCAGUGGGUGAUUCGUCUGUCCAUAGUGGUUGCAGGACUUGUUGGUACAUCCCUCACCUACCUGGACGGCGGCAUCUUAGUGUUCUGGAUCCUGGGCUCAGACUUGACCUACACGAUUAUAUUCCCCCAACUGAUCUGCGUCCUAUUCACAGAGGUAUCCAAUGGUUACGGGGCGAUCGCAGGCUACUUUGUUGCAGUGGUAAUGAGACUGUUGGGUGGAGAGCCGUUGUUAGGCCUUCCGGUAUUCCUGCAGUUCCCGGGUUGCACUUUAGAGGAUGGUGUUUACAUUCAGCGCUCUCCUGUCAAGACCAUUUGCAUGUUGUGUGCUCUGGUUUCCAUUCUCAUGUUUUCAUAUGUGGCCUCACUCCUGUUUAACAAGGGGAUUCUUCCUGGGAGGUGGGAUGUGUUCAAGGUGAAGUCCCAGGGAGCACCAGCAGGUGGUGCCAAAGAGGUUGACUUUGAAAAUGAAGAGGACACAGUGGCCUCUGCACCGAUGCUUGAUAGAGGAUGCUAG